AUGCGGUUAUUACAACGAUCAACCGAUGUCGAGAUUUUAAAAAUGAGAGAAGCGUAUGGAUUCGAGACUGCAAGUACUGGAGGGUUACAAGGAUGUGGUGUAUUUGACACAAAAGAAUCAUUCAAUUCAUCGACAAGAAGAAAUAACGUUGGAAUGGGAGGGGAAAGGCAAAAACAACACAAGUUAUCGCCGAGAUUGUCCAUUGAUCGAUCAGCUAUUUAUAAUCUCUUGUACAAGUUAGCCAACGACAAUGAGGAAUAUUUCACGAAAUUCCCGACCACCGCCAAAUAUGGGCAAAGGAUUGUUGAGGCUUGUAUUGAUGUACAACAAACAACACCGAAAUUGAAAGAAUUGGUAAUGAAACUCCAAGAAAUCGCUCCCCGUUUCGAUUAUGAUGAAAAAGUUCCGGGAAAUGGAUUUCGUUCUCUUGUUUGUAUCUGUGAUACAGUUGUCCUUCAUCUCAUUUCCUUAUUGAGAGUUUGUUCUGAAAUGAGAGGAUCACUCAUGUUUCGACUCAGCCAUUAUACAAAAGAAAUCGAGGCAUACAAUACUGUUGUUUACUUUCUUCUCGAGGCAUUGCCACAGACACUCAGCACUCAAGAAGCGAUGCCCGAUGGAUUUUUAUUCCCAAAUUUGAAGGGAGAUUAUGGAAAAUGGCAUGAAUUAUUGAGAGGAGUUGAGAAAUUGGACAGUAGUUGUUUCUAUGGAAGACCGCUGGGAUUUCAAUUCUCCCCCACAUGCAGUCGAAUCUUUCGUUUCAUUGGAAUCAUCCUUGCAACAUAUUCUUUAUCUUGGGAAAAGGGACAUGGACCAAUUGGAUCAUUGAUUAAUUCGGGGAGAUUCUUUUUGUCACCUGAACAAAGAGCUGCAAGAAUUAUUAAGGUGACAAAAGAAGCGGAUAUCGGCUUUUGCAAGGGUUUCUGGAAUCUCUCCGAACUGGGAAAUAAUGUACCGAAAUUAUUUCUUCCGAAUAUGGCGGUGAAUGAUUUGAGAGAAAUUGUGACGAAUGGGCCAUUGAGUAUGGAAACGAAUGAUGGAGAUCGAGUCCCAAUCCCUGAACCUUCAGCUCAUACAGGUUAUCGACCGGUGAAAAUCCGAGUGAUGUCCCAUUUGCAUCGACAAGGAUUGAGUCCUUCAAAUAUCUCGAAUCAACAACCCGCAUCUCCUUAUCUUUUAUUCCAUUGUCAUGGUGGAGGAUAUGUGGCAACAAGCAGUAAAAGUCAUGAGACAUACCUGCGAGUGUGGGCCAAAUUGUUGAAUUGUACGAUUGUUUCUGUUGAAUAUUCCCUUGCUCCCGAGAAUCCAUUCCCUCGUCCAACAGAAGAAGUUCUCUUUGCUUAUGCAUGGAUUGUCAAUAAUCCUCAGCUAUUUGGUUGGACGGGUGAACGUGUGUGUAUGGUUGGGGACAGUGCUGGGGGAAAUCUCAUCGUUUCUCUCAAUCUUCGCCUCAUUCAAUUGAAUGUCAAAAGAAAACCAGAUGGACUUGUCCCAUGUUAUACACCGUUUCUCUUCCAGUACCUUCCAAGUCCAUCUCGUCUUUUGAGUGUCAUGGAUCCACUCCUUCAUAUGGGUGUCGUUUUGAGAUGUGUUGCAGCCUACACUGGAGCUUAUACUUUCAAAAGUGAUGAAGAUAAUGGUGGAUCGACAGUGCCAAGAGAAGAAAAUGGGCAUAAAUCAUUGCAAGAAUAUGUUGAACAAGUUCAAAAAACACAAAGGAUCGAUUUUACGAGUGGUUCUCAAUCGAUCGUUUCAUUGGUGAAUUUGAGUCAGAACAAUUCUCCCAAUGGGACAACUCCAACGGAAUCAACUUCUUUCUUCAAAAUAAAUGGAACAAUACCUUCAGUGAGUUGUCCUCAACGUGAAGAUGAAGAAAUGGAAAGUGAAGAAGAUGAUGAUAAUCAAUCUAUGAGUAGUGUAAGGAUCGACUCCGACCCACUCCACAUUCACAUUUCUCCAUCAGUUUUUGACAACAAUUUUGUCAAUUUCCUCCAAACGCAUCCAAUUACAAAAGAUCAAGUAUUGUGGUGUGAUGAGAAAGGAGUGACAAUCCCAAGUCCCGAUGAUAUUGAUGAAGUUGCACAAGAAGUGAAAGCAGAAAUAAUGAAUGAAACAGAUGAUCUCACAACAAUUGCAUCGUCAACUUCAUCUCAUACUCUUUCUUCUGUUCCAAUUGAGAAACCAACAAAGACAACUCUAUCGGCAUCAUUGAGCAAUAACAGUCUUGGAUCAUACAGGAAUCCGCCAUUGUGUCACAAGCGUUCUCUUUCUCAAACAUUGGCCGAUACAGCAAGUUUGGCUGCCGGUCAUGCACUUGACAAUUUGAGUGAAUGGUUUGAUCGACCACAGAAAAAAUUGGAAAGAACAACGGGCAGUCAAGAAUUGGCACAGGAAAAAGAGGAAACGGAGAAUCGAUCACAUCUACUCGAAUUGUUGAAUCGAUCAGCUGUCCCACGUGAUCCAUUAAUCUCUCCAAUGUAUGCAGAUGAUCAUUUAAUACGUGAACUCCCACCAAUGCAUUUAAUUGGCUGUCAUUUGGAUCCAUUACUUGAUGAUACGAUUGCAUUUGCGAGAAAAUUGAAAGAUGCCGGAGGAAAGGUGGCCUCAUUGGAUCUUCUUCCUCAUGUUCCACAUGGUUUUCUCAAUUUUACUUUAAUGUCGCCUGAAUGUCGUGAUGGAGCAAAAGUUUGUUUGACAAGAAUUCGACAAGCAUUGGGGAUACCCCAUUCACAUAAUGGA